ACUCCUUGCUGAGUUAGAUGACAAGCGAAAAUCACAGUUCCACCUGUAAACAUAUAAUUGCUACCAAAAUCUUCGAAAAUCGAAAUCUUUGAAAUGAGCUGUCCAAUGGGUUUUGGUGAACUAAAUAUCCCAUCUUCACGUGCUUUCUGGGAUGACUGUGAUGAGGACGAGCCACUACAAAAGGAUAAGGAAAUAAAGAAGCUCGAACUUUUAUAUGAACCGAACGAAACAGCAGAACCUUUGUCCAGUAAAAUGUUUCUGCUAAUCGAGGGAGCCGAUGUGUCAGAUUUCGUGGAAGCAUCGUUGUUGCAGGACGCACGGAAAAUCUGUAAACUACCAUCUGCAAACUCCUCAUUGCAUUAUAUUAACGAUAAGGAAUUAUUAAUUGCGCUAUUGCAAGAAGAUCUAACAAAUAGUGGUGAAGUUACUGAGUUGCUCCUCCCGUAUGCGAAACAAGCUGAAACAGUGAUAACAUUAACUGUGAAAUCAAAAAUUGAAUAUCAGAGUGAGAAUUUGCUAAAAAUUCGUGACGAGAUUACAUUAUUGCGCGGCAUAAAUUCUAAAAUGUCGCAGGUAGAAGAACUGGAGGCACCUAAUUUUGUAGCUGGCGUGGCAGCGGGAAUUGCUUGCUGGCGUCAUAACGAAAAACUGCCAGUAUCAGCCUACGUCGCCUACACUGAUAAUGUCUCGCUGGAUACAUUGGGAGCGAAACCCAUACUCAAAUUGCUGCAGGAACUGGGUGUAAAUUGCAGCGAAACAUACAAACCUGUUUAUAAGGAAUCUUCACAUCUGUAUAUAUAACAUAAAAAUAGCUCCGUAGAUCUGUACAAUAGAGAAUUGCGUCACAUUUUUAAAUUGUAUAUUUGUGUUAAAAUAAGGGCUAAUGGAAAUAAAUGAGGUCCAGGGAAGUGUGAAAAAUA